AUGUCAGAGCGGACCCCUCUCCUCCACUACCGGCUUUCCACCAGCGUCAAUGAGUCCGAACUUCGGUCACCUCCGACCGGCCAGGUGCCGGAGGAGCAUCUGGUCAGCCCCAGGCAUCGGCUCUCCCACUCGGGGCAACCAAAGAAACUGUCUACUUUUUUCGGUGUGGUCAUCCCAACCUUGCUGUCAAUGUUCAGCGUGGUUCUAUUUCUAAGAAUCGGCUUUUUGGUUGGCCAGUCUGGACUGUACCAAGGAAUUGCGAUGUUCAUUGUGGCUUACUUCAUUAUCUCCAUGACCGUUCUGUCAGUAUGUGCUAUCUCCACGAAUGGAGCCCUAGAUGCUGGGGGAGCCUAUUACAUGAUCAGCCGAGCAUUAGGGCCAGAAUUUGGUGGUAGUAUUGGAAUCAUGUUCUUCUUGGCUAAUGUGUGUGCUUGUGCUCUUUAUGUGCUGGGUUUGGUUGAAGCCAUUAUUGCCACCUUCGGAGUGCCAGAGGAUGGGGCACUUGCCACUUCUUCAUACCAGGUUCUCCCAUCUGGCUACUGGUGGUCUCUACUUUAUGCCACAGCCAUCGCCCUUCUAUGUUUGCUUGUGUGCAUGGUCGGUGCUCACAUCUAUGCCAAGGCCACCUUUCUCAUCUUCCUGGUGGUCAUGUUUGUCCUCGGCACAAUCUUUAUCAGCUUCUUUGCUGUACAUCCUCGCACCAUCCUUCUGCCUGGUUUUGCCAACUCCAACCCUACGGUAAAUGCAACAGGCCCCAGUACAGCAAACUUUACCGGCUUCAAGUUGGAAACUCUUCUUGGGAAUCUGUGGGCUGACUACACUGGUGAUUACACAACGGGAAACACAAUGACAUUUGCCACUGUUUUUGCUGUCAUGUUUAAUGGUUGCACCGGCAUCAUGGCGGGGUCUAAUAUGUCAGGUGACCUCAAGAAUCCAAGCUACUCUAUUCCACGUGGUACUAUUACAGCUGUCAUCUUCACCUUCAUAAUCUACAACCUUCUCAGUGUGCUUGUGGCCUGCUCAUGUGACCGGGUGCUGCUUCAAAAGGACUACAGUUUUCUGAGAGACAUCAACAUCUGGAACCCUUUUGUCACCAUCGGAGUUUACUCCUCCACACUUUCGGCAGCCAUGAGCAACCUCAUUGGAGCUUCUCGCAUCCUCUAUGCAUUGGCUAGAGAUGACUUGUUUGGUAAAGUGUUGUUUCCUGCUAAAAGGACAUCAAACAGCGGCAACCCCUGGGUCUCUGUGCUUAUUUCCUGGUUCCUUGUGCAAUUGGUUCUGUUUUCCGGGAAGCUCAACACCAUUGCCAGUAUUGUAACCAUUUUCUUUCUCCUGGUUUAUGCUGCGGUGGACUUGGCAUGCCUCGCUUUGGAAUGGGCCUCUGCACCCAAUUUCAGACCCACUUUUCGUUACUUCACCUGGCAUACGUGCGUGUUGGGUAUCGUGGGCUGUGCCGUCAUGAUGUUUCUCAUCAACGCGAUCUACGCCUCGGCUAGCAUCGCCUUCAUGUUGCUGUUGCUUCUGCUGAUUCACUAUCUCAGUCCAACCUCCAGCUGGGGCUACAUUAGCCAGGCUCUCAUUUUCCACCAGGUGCGCAAGUAUUUACUGAUGCUGGAUGUGAGGAAGGAUCACGUCAAGUUCUGGAGGCCUCAAAUUCUGCUGAUGAUCUCCAACCCCCGCAGCAGUGUUGGCCUCAUCACCUUCAUCAAUGAUAUUAAAAAGAGUGGACUCUACGUUCUGGGGCAUGUCCAACUUGGAGAUCUCAACACAUUGCCCUCAGACCCUCUACAAUCCCAGUAUGCCUCCUGGCUAUCUCUGGUGGACCAUCUCAAUAUUAAGGCUUUCGUUAACUUAACACUGGCUGAUUCGGUGCGUCAUGGAAUCCAACACCUUCUGUUCAUCUCUGGACUGGGUGGGAUGCGUCCCAACACUCUCGUCCUGGGUUUUUACGAUGACAGUGUCCCAAAAGACAAGCUGUCCACCAGUCAGCUCACAGAUGUUUCAUGGCCCCUUCAGGACCUUGAACAGCGCCCUACUCCGUUCCACUUUGCUUCUCUUCGGUCCAGUAGCGGGGCUGCAAAUGAUGACAUGUAUGAUGGGAAGGUUUUGAGGUCUGAGGAAUAUGUAGCAAUCAUUGCAGAUGCAAUCAAGAUGCUGAAGAACGUGGUGUUGGCCCGCUAUUUUAACAGUUUUGACCGAGCACAAGCUCUGUCAGCGUCCUCCUCCUCUCCAGGGAAGAGUUUUGUGUACGUCGACGUCUGGCCAGUCAACCUACUGCGUCCGGACGGCACUAGCUAUGUGGAUACCUGCUCUCUGUUCUUGCUGCAGCUAGCUUGCAUUCUUAAUAUGGUACGAUCCUGGCGUAAAGCUACACUCCGUCUCUUCCUUUGCGUGGAGGAAGGGAGAAGUGUGAGAGGCUUGGAGGAAAAGCUAGGGCAGCUGUUAAAAGAGCUAAGAAUUAAAGCUCAAAUCUACCCUGUGCCCUGGGACCAACAGGUGGCACUACACUGGCAGCGCCAAAGUGAAUUGGAAAAGAGGCAAUCAUCACAGUCCCCUGAUGCCAUCAAGGAAGAAAAGAAGCUGAGAAAGGAUGAGGAGGAGGAUGAAGAUGAAUAUGGCAACAGAUUCCCGAGCAACAGCAUGCGAUUGUCUGAUGACUACCUGUCAGCUGUAAAUCAGCUGAUCCUAGACCAAGCCCAGCCUCCACCUGCUGUGCGCUUCCUGUACUUGCCCCGCCCCCCGGCUGACACCCGUCGCUACAAUUCUUAUUUGAACCAGCUAGAACUGCUGACCCAUGACCUGGGCCCCACUUUGCUCAUUCAUGGGGUGACACCUGUCAUCACCACUGAUAUCUGA